AUGAAUUCCACAGCCCCAUCACCACUAUUAAGUAAGUUACGACAAUGCCUCGAUUUUCAGCUCUGGUCCAAAGGUCCCAAUUUUCGGCGAGUCCUUAUAAUCUAUCAAACCACACUGGUUACCUACUUGGGUCUCCCUGUCUCCCUCAUUGGGAUAGCAACUAGUGUGGUAAGCCUAGUUCUCUUCUCACGCGACAACUUGACACCUCAGACCACUCGUCGACUCCUUCUCACCAUGUCUGUCGCCGACGCUGUCUUUCUACUCUCCUCGCUGCUCUAUUUACAGACUAUGAAUCUCUGCGGUGGAGGCUGUCGUCGAAUCUCUUACCUCUUGCCAGUUAGCACUCUGGUCAACAUUUUUGAGAUGUUGCGCAACUGGACUGUGGUAUUGGUUUGUAUUGAGCGCUAUAUUAUCACAUGUCACCCUCUGCAAUCAAAGCAGUGGUUGAGUUUGUCUAGGACCGACACAUCCAUUGCUCUCUGUGUCAUCGCCACGGUUAUUGCUCGCAUCCCCUUUAUGGCCUACGUGACACUGGAAUCCUAUGGCAUAACUUUCGCUAGCACAGUUCAUCUGCUUAAACAGAUCCAUUCAACAAUCGAUGCAUUUAUCAUGACGGUUUUGCCCCUUCUCAUCAUUGUGAUAUGCAGCCUUCGAAUUUCUCGGUGCAUUCAGGACUCCGAGUUGCUUCAUCAAGCAAAGCGCCUAAAAUAUCGCUCCAACAGUUUCAAAGUAACACGAGUUCUGUUAGUCGUGAUAAUCGUAUUUUCUAUCCUUAUGCUGCCCCUCGUCCCUGUAAAUGUUCUCGCUUUCGAGUGGUUCUUUCCAGGCGCCACAUGCCCUGUACUUAUUGGGCGACAGGUUGUUGACCCUUUGGCGGUUUUUGGAUCCCUCCUUCACUCCAUGGCGAAUUUCUUAAUCUAUGUCAUUUACUGGCAAAAGUAUCGACGAGUUCUUUUAACCAUGUGCCGUGGAAGGAGUCUCAAUCAACAUUUCAGACGCAGUUCAACGUUCUGCUCCAAUGAUGGGCUCUUGCCGAGAUUAUUUACCACCAACUCUGGUAAUUUGAGCGUGUCCCAGGUGCAUCGAAGCGCACAGAAUCCUUUUGAAGGUGUCGAAGGCCGUGAGGUUAAGGCGGAGGGCACGCAAUUGACGUGA